CCUGGAAUGAGUCAAGAUCCAAGAUCCAAGCCGAAGCCGACCGCCAGCCUAUGUUUUGUCAAUACAGUUCUGAUAUUUGCGUAUCAAGCAUCUUUUGAGACAACACCUCAGGCUCAGUUAGUGACGCGCAAUAUCCCGUCCGAGAUUCAUGUCUGUUUUAAAGUAAAACCAGUUUGCCGAUCGAGGGGCCCAAAGGGGCCUAUAUAGCAACAAAAUGUCGACCGCCCUGCUAGCCUUCAUCGCCGUCAUCUUAUGCCUCCUCUUUCGAAUCCUGAACGUUAACAGCCAUGCCGAAAAGCCUGCCCUGUUCUGUAAGGAUAUGGACUUUCUCGAGACCGUGUCGAAGAUAUCCUCUGUCGUCCAGGAACCGUAUAUUCCUACAAGACUGUGGGGCUUUAGUGGACAUGUCCAAACUGUAGUACACAGUAUACUUGGACGCUUGAAGUGUCCGUGGCCUAUUGGUGAACGGUGCUGCCUUCAUCUCCCUGACGGAUCAACUCUUACCUAUGACUUAUACCAGCCCCUCAACCAAACUUUUGAAGAUGAUGUUACCCUAGCAAUUUGUCCUGGCAUAGGCAACACAUCAGAAAGUGUUUACAUUCGUACUUUUGUGCACUAUGCUCAAUGCCAUGGUUAUAGGUGUGUGGUAUUAAACCAUCUAGGUGCAUUAAGCAGUGUUGCCGUCACUGCCCCUAGAGUCUUCACUUAUGGCCAUACUGAAGAUUUUCAUUCUAUGGUUUGUAGUUUGGUAUCAAGGUACCCUGGUACAGAAGUUGUUGCAGUAGGCUUUUCUCUUGGAGGCAAUCUUGUUACAAAGUAUUUUGGAGAAUCUGACAAAACCAUACCAGCCAACAUCAUUGGUGGCAUUUCUAUUUGCCAGGGUUAUUGUGCUAUAGAUGGUAGUUCAUAUCUUCUGAAUUGGCAGAAUUUUCGCCGUGUGUAUCUGUAUGUGAUCACUGAAACAAUGAAAAGUAUCAUCCUCCGUCACCGCAAUGUCCUUCUGGCUGAGCCCAUUAAGAAAGCCUUUGGUCUCAAUGAGAGAGAUAUUGUUGCUGCUGCUACCUUACCAGAACUUGAUGAAGCAUACACAAGGAAAGUUCACAAUUUUAAAUCAGUCACAGAAAUGUAUCGCUGGAGCAGUUCAAAAUACUACUUCCAUAAUAUUAAACUGCCAAUGGUGUUCAUCAAUGCUCGUGAUGAUCCUAUUGUUCAUGAAAAUAUGUUAGAGUCUGUUCGAGAAUUUGCUUCCAACCAUCCCAAAAUUCUCUAUGUGGAAACUGCUCAUGGUGGUCACCUUGGAUUUUAUGAGGGAGGCUUCAUUCAUGCAAACCCGGUGACUUGGCUGGAUCGAUCUGUUGUUAGUCUCAUUGGGUCUUUGGUUUAUGCUCACUCUGAAAGUAAGCUCAAGUUCUCAUCAGGUGUCCACUGAACAUAAUAUUUUGAUCAGCUUUUUGGGGGGUUUUGAGAUUUUUAAGUUCUGCAAGAGAACAUUAUGCAUUUACUAAAUAGUUACUGAGAUUACAUUACCAAAGCAUAAUACAUAUAUUGCAUUCCAGUCAAAAUGUUCAUUACUAAGAACUAUUUAUUUACCAGUUUUCUUAUCAUUGUCUUUUUCUUGUAUCUAGGUUCAAGUUUAUCUCUUGUUUUUGAGAGUAGGUAGCUAUUAAUCAACUUUUGAUUCCUUUUGGAAGCAAAGGGAAAAGUAGUCUGCUCUUACUUUCUUGUUUACCAUCCACUGUUUUUGCAUUUUAAAAAAAUGUCUUCAUUUCUACCUUAAGAGGUUUUUUAGGUAAUGACAUCUUGUUUCUUAUGAUUCUACUACUCAGCUAUCAAACUACUCUUAGUGGUGACAUUUUGACUGACAUUAUUAUAAAAUACAUUUGAAUUCUUCACAGCAAUAUGAUGUGGAAGCUUUUGGUGCUUGCUUGAUCUCACCGAAUAAUAGCAACCGUAUUCAUUUCAUAAUUAUAUCUUAUAUUGCUUCAAGGGAUAUUUUUGGGGCCAUUUGUUUUGACAUAUAUUGGUGAGGUGAAGAAGUUGUUGGUAGUUUUUCCAGAAGACAAGCCAAGCCAUGUAGGCCAACACCUGCCAUAAACAACCAGUUCUGUUUCGCCAGGGGCUGGUUAUGGAUAACUGCUUUGUUUUAAUCCAUUUUUAUCAUUUUCAUUGGGUGUAACAUUUAAAAAUUGUUCUUAGUAGUUAUUACAAUACUUCAUGUACAAUUUUAUGUGCACGUAACCGAAGUGCUGGUACACUUCCCUGGAUGCACCGUUGUACUGUACUAUGUUUGUUGUCCUUUUCUUUUCAUUGAUCUUCCAUUUUUGCUCAUCCAGAGCCAUUCAAAUCAGAGAAAUUUAGCCCCUGUCUUCAUAGUCUUUUUCUGAUGUACUCCAGUGCGUCCUCUAUUCCAUUUGACAACAGACAGUUUGGUGAUCUGUCCAUUCCUCAUGUACCAUUUUCUAGUUAAAUGUGAUACAGUUUAAUAUGUGUACUUUCAUUUGCUGAUGAUCAUUUUUAUGUCUUUAAAAUAGUGAUAUGAUAUAAGACAUUUUGACUAUGUUUGUGUAUCAAAAACAACUGAUGUUCUGAUGUUAAAUUAAGUAGACAAUUAACUUUUAUAAGUUAUUUAGAGGACAAGUUUUUCUUGGAGGAUGUAAUAAUUGAAACUUUAUUGGUCCGCCUGAGAUUUCAAAAUGCCAACAUGUAAAAGUAUGGGAUAUUAUGGUUGUAAGUGUGUUUCGACUUCUGUAUGGAGAGUGAUGCCAUCAUUUUAACUGGAUGCAAGUUGAUCUGCUCAAUCCAUCUUUUUAAAAACUUUCUGGUCUCAAAUCAUACAAAUAUAAUUAAUAUGUUUGCAUAGUCAAUCAACUUAAAUAAAGGUUGCUAUAUUGAUUUACUCUGCAUGAGAGAAUUCUUAGCUCUAAUCUUUUUGACUGGCAUUUGAAGAUGUUUUUCAAAUUUGACUAAGUGAAAGCUGUUCCCUUUAAGAGAUGAUUUAAAAGGAAUGGACUGAGUGAGAUCAUCUGUUUCCAAUUUUGUGCUGGUAAUGAAGUUUUGGGAUCUUAUCAUAAUAUUAUACCAAUGUUGGUGAAUAACCUAAUCUUACAUUUUAUUACGAAUAGAUUUCUCAAGGACUGAUUAGUAUCAGAUUUCUAAAAGUACUUAAGUGUUGAUGUUGUGCACACGAUCACAGGCUACCUAGAGAGAUCUGUGACUGGACUGGACGUGGCUGCUUAUGCAUUAUUGCUCAGUCUGAACUUCCUGUACUGUUACAGACAAUAUUUCUCAGUUAGCUUGGUGAAUAGUGAAAAUGCUGUAAGUGAGAGCAAUGAUGAGUCAAACUUUAUUCUUUCUUUUUGGCCUUGGCUUUUGAAGCUUAAACCCAUAAAUCUUUUAUUUUAGUACCAUAUCAAAGUCAUCCAACUUUUAGUUUCUUGUUUACAUUAUUUCACAAUGUGAUAUUCACUGCCCUUUGGGGCUUGUUUCUGAAUAGCAUUUAUAAGUUUAGAUAGGAGUUUGUUUUGCUUUAUUUUCAAUGUCGAUGUUUUAAAAUUGGUCUUUGGUUUUGUGUUCCUUAUUCUAAUUGGAGCUCAUUACUUUAAUUAUAUGGAAGACCAUUUGGUAUGGUUGUGAGAUACAAGCAGCAGGCAAAGGGGAAAUUCCUUUACGGGGUAUUUAAUAUAUAUUACAUGUCUUUAGUAACAAGAAAGACUCUGAAGGUCAUUUUUACCAUGCUACUUGAAAUAUCAGAAAGUAAAGCAGCUAAUCUAAUCUUUAGAACUUAUUGGGCAUUGUUGUUUUUGUUUUUGUCUGCAGUUGUUUUAAAAAUCCUGCUUCAGAUUCAUGCCAAAAUAAGUGCAUUUCUAGUCCAUGAUUUAUUUAUAAUGUUGUCAGUAAAAUUAUUUUAUUUAAAAUACUAACUUUUAUUUAUCUUGCAUAAAAGAACCCAACUAUUCUUUUUGAAUGCUUCAAUUGUUAAGAAUCUUAGCUUCCAAUUCUUAGUGUUAAAUUUUGGAUAUUACUGUAAAGGGGCUUGGUAGAUAUGACAGGGACACCUGGUUUUGUUGGACCUUCUGUUGGUAGUAAACAGGUUUGCACAUUCCUGACCAGUAUUUUAACUUUUAACCCACUCUUAUUCAGCACAAAAAGCAGCACUUUUAAGCUGCACUUGGAAAAAAUUUCCUCUUUACCAUAAUUCAUUUACAUUUCAAGUGUUAUUCAAAAUAUGAAUUGUCUUUUUUAAAGGAAAUCUUGCGUUUGUCAAUUGGACUGUUGCAGUAUUAGGGAAUUUUAUUUCCUGUUCCUUUUUGUGCCAAAAGCUAUAUCAUUUUCCUGGAGAGUUCUGUACUCUCUCUUCCUCUGUGUAGUUUAGUGAAUAUUAUCAAAUAUCUUACCAAGUCCCUACCUAAAACAUUUGGUGGAAAAAUCAUGCUUGUGAUAAUCAUAACACCUUUUGUACUCUCCAUCUUUUCAGAUGAAUUGAAUCCUUAGUUGAAUUGUUUAAGGGUGAGAUUUCGAAUUCGAUUUAUACAUUAUUUUGAUGAGA